CCCAAUGUCAAGGGUAUUCUUCGCCGGAGAUCGAGAGAUGCUGCGAUUUUGGAUCGUGCAGGACGCCACAUGAAGGCUCUGCUUCCUCGGAUUACUCAGGAUCAGUAUACCUGGGCUGGAACUCACGCGGCCUCCUCUAACUCUGGGAAAAUCUUUCUCGACCUUGAUCAGGACCGCUUCGCCACACUGAGCGACCUCUUCAGUGGCCUUCCUUCUCCUCAGUUGGACCCAUAUUUCGGUAGCAGCAUGGCAAACGCACGUCCCUACGAUCGUAGGCUCCACAGCUUUGUUUCUGGAGACCCGCCAGACGGUAUGCGCGCUGAACUCCUCUCAUACCAACGAGAGUCCAUCACCGCUAUGCUGGAGAAGGAGCUGCUACCACGAGCAAUUCCGGACCCAUUAUACGUCCCUGUAGUCGGAUUCCAUGGCAAGAUGCUGUACAUGCAGCCGGAUACUAUGGAGAUGCUGAGGGAACGUCCCAUGGUAUCACAAAACCGCGGCGGUAUACUGUGCGAGGAACUAGGGACGGGGAAGACUGUGAUGAUGCUUGGUCUCAUCAUGGUCACUCUCGAUCAAUUAUCGGAACCCGAAGAGUCCUUCCACGCCGCACGCUCUAUCCUUACUCCUUUCACCUUCCGUCAUGACCCGUCAACGACAUUCGCAGUCGCUCGUGCGAGAGCAUCACCAGGACGGCGUUCAACCCUUAUCUCAACGACAACUUCGUCCUCAUUCCCCACUCUCAUCGAAACGAUGUUGAGCUACCUCCGCUCAUCGUCCCAUGGCCUCACUCGAGAUGAAAUCGAAGACUUUCUCGAUAGAAACACGUCACAUCUACUACCUCCAUUCCUUUCUAAUAUUCCAUUUUACCACCACUAUAAUGAUCCACCAGUAAACCCAUCUCCUCGUUCUCGGCGAAAGGGGGUGCCAUCGGCCCCUCGAGUCAUGUACCUUACUUCCGCCACUCUCAUCAUCGUCCCCUCCAACCUACUUUCGCAAUGGGAUUUGGAGAUACACAAGCAUUGCUAUGAACAGUCUACACGGAGAUUUUUGGUCUUACGGCCUGGAAUGAAGCUUCUUUCGGCGCGAACGCUCGCGAAUGAUUAUGAUGUAAUUCUCAUGAGCCAAGAAUCUUUCGCCAAAGAAGCCCCCAAAUCUCAACUCACAGACCACCUCGCCCCUCUACACACUUUCCAAACCUGCCAAUGUCCUCGCCAUCCCUCAACGCGUGUACCCAACUGCGCGUGCGAAAUCCUCGCGAAUGUUUCACCGCUCUUUAGUGUCCGUUGGAAAAGGCUCAUCGUUGACGAGGGCCACAUUCACGGAGACGACAAAACGCGCGUGAGUCAGUUGGCGAGUUUGCUGAGUGUUGAGAGGAGGUGGCUUGUUUCGGGGACGCCGACCGCGGACUUAUUGGGGUUGAGUUUUGGGUCGCAGAGCGAGGCUACCGAACUUGAUGUUGAUAUGGAGGAGAAUGAUGGUGCGAAUGCGGGUGGUGAGGAUGAGCAGAUGGGAGAGCUGAGAUAUCCGUCGGAAGAUAUUCUGGACCCUGAGCAGGCAGAUGAACGUGGCGAUCUCCCUCUACCGCAAAUCGACAACUUUGCUAUCUCACAAGGUUUCACGGAAUCAACACCGGACCCAGUGCCACAGCCUGAGACUAUUCACACUCUUUCAAUUUCGGACGACGAUAUUCCUAAGGCUAGGAUAUGGACACCAAACGAUCGUGAAAGCUUGCGCAGGCUCGGGAAGAUGAUCACGAGCUUCCUGAAAGUUGAAGAGUUCUCCAAUCCGGAGGGAACGAGACUGUUCAACGAAUCGGUCGUCAGCCCGUUAUUUGGCGAGAUGGGGCCACAGUUGAGGGCGGUGCAGGUGCUGAAGCAGGUCAUGGGGAGUGUUAUGAUUCGGCAUCGAAUCGAUGACGUCGAGAAGGACGAAAAGGCGAUAUUGCCUCCCUUGAAGCAAGAGACGGUGUUGUUGGACUUAGACCCGUUGGCGGUCAAAUCAUAUAAUGCCUUCCAGGUCAUCAUCGCCAUUAACGCUGUGGAUUCGGAGCGAGUGGAUCAGGAUUACCUCUUCCAUCCUUCAAAUACCGCUCGCCUAUCGCAGCUCGUAGAGAACAUAUCACAGCUUAUGUUCUGGCGUGUAGACGAAGAUCUUUACAACCUCUCAGAGCUUCACAAGCGCAUACCUGACUUCAUCCGGGUAGCGACUGAACGUCAUAGGCCACCCGAAGACAUGGAGCUCCUGCAUCAAUGUGCAAAACACAUCAAGCUGGCUAUGGAAGACAACACCUGGAAGAUAAUCCAAAACAUCCCGUUCGCAGCCAUGCCUUUUCGCGUACACAAUAUGCCCGGCGCUAUCUUCGACUCAUGGUCCAGGGGUGCCGGUGUCCGCUCCCUUACCGUCACCCUUCAUCCAGGCAGUCCUGGUCCUUCCCGCGCAUACUUAUACGACGGGGAAUCUAGCACCAUGCACCAGCCAAACUCUACCAUAAAAUCGACAUCUGGUCCCCUCACUAGCUUUGACGAUAGGGUGGGCUUGAAGCAGCACUCCGGUUCGAGUGCUGGUCCUGCAUUUCAUGCUGAGGCGGGGUUGCGUCCACCAUCCAUCAAUGCUAACGGUCUCAUUUCCUCUCAGCGCUUACACCUUCUCCUCAAAUAUGUCACCGACCAUCCUUUCAUCUCACAUGAGCGUCUCGCAAUCGAAGGUCUAGAAGUAGCUGUCGAAGAAGCUCGGACGAUCAUGAUUUUGAACCUGAAGGCGUCGCAGAAGAAGAGACUUCACCAGCACGGGCAGUCCAAACAAGGUACCCAUGACAAGGACGAUGACGCUGGCAGUCGUGUGGGCUUAAAUGUCAGCCCAAUUUCUGCGAAGGCGGGGUCAAUCGUGUCUGGGUCGACGACGGCCGUGCAGGUAAAAACGCAGGAUGUGGCGGUGGCGAGGAAGGUAGCGGCGAGCGAGAAGAUCAAGGAGAUGCAGACGGAGUUGAGGAUUGCGAGGGAGCAGAAGAUGGCAGAGUUCAUGAGUGAAGAUGCUAUGGAUGAGAUGAAGGACGAUGCACGCCCGAGGACAUUCCAGCCUGGAGUGGUUCCUCAAGGUCCCUCCGCUAUACAGGGUUUGUUGAAGGAUUCGGUUGUGGGGGACGUGAGGAUCGGAUCGUCAGUGUCGACAAAGUUGGACUACAUCCUGAGCGAGAUCUUGAAAUACUCACCUACAGAGAAAUUCCUCAUAUUCUCAAAAUCACCACUGACGCUGAACUACGUUGCCGACGGCCUCGACCUUGUCCGCGUCAAAUACCUCAUGUAUACCACGAAGGAUCAGAUGCGCGUGCGACAGCAGAAUGUGAUGACGUUUGAGACAUCGGAGACGUAUAGGGUUUUCUUGAUGGAGCUGAAGCAUGGUUCCCGAGGAUUGAACCUCAUCUCAGCGACGCGCAUCAUCCUGUGCGAGCCGGUAUGGCAGGCCGACGUGGAAGCGCAGGCCAUCAAGCGAGCGCAUCGCAUAGGUCAGACGAGACCGAUACAUGUGAAAACACUGGCGAUCAGGGCUACAGCAGAAGAGGUCGUAAUGGCACGACGUGCAGAGACGAAAGCGAGGGCAGGAUCGACAAGCUCUGCAGGCCUAGGUCCAAGUACAGGCCAGAAACUACCCAGCCUCAUCGACGAUUUCAGGAUCCGGUCUUUCAUCGAGCAUCCCAAAUUCAUCGAUGUGGGCUCAAGUACUACUGCCACUCCGUCUGCCGGUCGAAGGUCCGUAUCAGAUUCAGAACGUUCGAGAACGACGAGGUUGGACAUACCGCUCGUUGGUUCCUUCGGCGUUAGCACUACGUCGUCCAAGUCGGGAGCUUCCUUUGGAUCUGCGAGUGUGGGGCGUAAUGGGCGCAUUGGACAUGGAGUGAUUCAAGACGGGCGUGUCGAGCAUGGCGAUUCUCGUGGGCGUCACGGCCACCCCGUGCCGCAACCUACCACGGCUGAUCGUAACUCUCAUCCUAUCACGAUCGAUGCUGCUCACGUAGGGUUUGAGGCCGAUGUGCGAGGGGAAUCGGAUGGAACGUUCACGAACAUCACCGGGGAUGAUCCAACUGGUGCUCGUGUUCUGAACGCGGUACACCUCGACGCUGAUGUUAGAAUUCGUGUGGGUUCAGGCACUGAGGUGAAUACUGAGGGAAGUCCGACCAAGAGAAGGAGGACUAUAAGGUUUGCUGAUGAAGUUUAGUUACUUGAGCAGCAGAGGUGUAACAAUAUAUAGUUCUAUGUUUAUUGGCUGACACGGCUUGGCGUGUACGAUGUGUACUUUUUGCAGAUGAUGAAUGCAUUCUCCGUUAUCUC